AUGGAAGUGGAGAACCACACAGUUCUAUCCCAAUUCCUCCUAGUGGGCCUGUCGGAGGACCCAGAACUGCAGCCCAUCCUCUUUGGACUGUUCCUGUCCAUGUACCUGGUCACAGUGCUUGGGAACCUGCUCAUCAUCCUGGCUGUCAGCUCUGACUCCCAUCUCCACACCCCCAUGUACUUCUUUCUCUCCAACCUGUCCUUGAUUGACAUCUGCUUCACAUCUACCAUAAUCCCAAAGAUGCUGGUGAACAUUCAUGCACAUAGCAAAGAGAUUUCCUACUUAGAAUGCCUCACUCAAGUAUAUUUCUUCAUGAUUUUUGUUGGAAUGGAUGAUAUGCUACUGACCAUCAUGGCAUAUGACCGGUUUGUGUCCAUCUGCUACCCUCUAAAAUACACAGUCAUCAUGAAUCCCCGGCACUGUGUCCUCCUGGUUUUGAUGUGUUGGCUCAUCAUGUUAUGUUUCUCCCUGAUUCAUAUUCUACUGGUGAAGCAACUGACCUUCUCCAUUGGCACUGAAAUUCCUCAUUUCUUCUGUGAGGUGGUUCAACUUUUCAAGGUGGCCAGCUCUGAUGCCCUCAUCGGCAUCAUCGUUAUGUAUGUUUCAACUGCCCUGGUGAUUGUGUUUCCUGUCACUGGGAUCCUCUACUCCUACUCUCAGAUUGUCUCCACCUUAAUGAGGAUGUCCUCCUCUCUGAGCAAGUAUAAAGCAUUUUCCACCUGUGGUUCCCACCUCUGUGUGGUCUCCUUGUUCUAUGGAACAGGACUUGGGGUUUACCUCAGUUCUGCUGUGGUCCAUUCUCCACAGGGAAGCACAAUUGCUUCAGUGAUGUACACUGUGGUCACCCCCAUGCUGAACCCCUUCAUCUACAGCCUGAGGAACAAGGAUGUGAAGGGGGCCCUUGGGAGACUCCUCAGCAGAGCAGCCUCUUGUUCUUGA